AUGGGACGAUCCCCCUUCUGUGAGAAUCUGUUGAGAUUACCAUUUCCAAAGAAAUGCUCUCUACCGACGUUCACAUCCCCGUUCACUGAAACGGGAGACGCAAUUGAGCAUCUUAGAACUUAUCGUAUGACGCUAAUCCAAUGGGACCAUCAUGAUGUGAUACUAUGUAAAUUUUUCCCUGCCAGUCUGAGGGAUGCAGACCUAAUGUGGUUCAACAACCUGCCCAAGGGCUCAGUCAAAUCGUUCGAGCACCUAUCCGAGCUGUUUUUAGAAACAUACAUUCACAAUAGCAGGGUUCGACCAGAGGUCGACGCACUGUUCCAAAUCUCCCGAGGGCCAAAUGAGUCACUCCGCUCUCUAGUAACACGGUGGAGGAAGUUAUGUGCCGAGAUCGGAAAAGUCCCUGAGGACUAUGCGAUCUUGGGCUUAAAAAAUAGUCUUAGAAAGACAUACCCUCUAUUUGUCUGCAUGUAUGAAACUAUGCCAAAGAACUUGGGCAGACUAAGAGAAAUCCAAGAAGAUUACGUGGCCUUGGAGGAACUCCAAGACGAAACUUACGACAAGAUGGAAAAAGGAACUAGUAGAGGAGAAAAUGUGGUAGAGCCACAAAACCCACAUGAUCAACCCAGUUCGACAAGCAUGGGACUGGAGGAUGGAAAGGGCGAGACCAAGCCCAACAAAAGAAGGGAAAGUUCGUAG